CUGGCAGAAAAGAGAAUCAAAAGAAGCCAAAAUGAAGAAAAAGUGUGAUCACUGCACAAUGAAAGGGCAUACUAAAGAAGAAUGCUUCCAGCUUGUGGGUUAUCCAGACUGGUUUAAGAACCCUGGGAAGGGAAAGAUAACACACAAGACAUCAGCAAAUGUGAACAAGCAAGGGAAUGACUUUGCAGGUGACACACCACUUGAGAAAAGCAAUGAGCAUGGUGAAACAAGUGGAGCAAAGUCAGAUCCAAACCUUAUCUCUACUCUGGUGCAGGAAGUGAUGAAGGCACUCAGUGAGAAACAACAUUUAGCAAACUUUGCAGGACCCUAUCAGUAAAGAUGUAAUUGCUGAAGGAAGAGGUGAAGAAGGUCUCUAUAAGCUGGAUUUUGGAAAAGCAGAAGAGAAGAAUAGCAAUAUUAGCAGUAUUAGUGGUAGCAAUAAUGCAGUUAGGAAUAUGAAACAGAACUUGAGUGUGUUACAUGCUAGGUUGGGUCAUGUUUCUUUGUCAAAGAUGAAGCAUUUGAGUAUUUGUCAUUGUAAGAACCUAAAUGAGUAUUUUUGUGA